ACGUAGUGUGACGUCGUCAGCUGCUCGAGCCAGUUGUUCAGUCCAGACCGUUAUUAUUAAAUAUCCAUGGUCCAGACCAGGAGGAGGAGGAGGGAGAGUUAACGUUAAUGUUAAUGUUAAUAGCUACUCUGAAAUAAACACAUUAAAGAUUGUUCUAGCAGCAGAGUGAGCCUUCCCCCACACCAUGUCCCAGGAGAAGAGUGGAUACCCUGUUAUGGGUGAGAACAACCCACUUCAUAACAACGUUUAUGGACCCCCUCAGCCAGGUUUCGGCAUGCCCCCUCCCAACUACAGCCAAGCCCCAGGAGGACCGUACCCACCAGCAGCCGGCUAUGGACAGCCAGGCUACCCCCAGGCAGGCCCAGGUUUUGCCCCUGGUCCCUACCCUCAGAUGCCUUACCCACAGGGACCCUACCCACAGGGGCCUUAUCAGCAAGGGGUCGCACAGCCAGGCUUUCUCAGUGACCCCUCGGAAGCUGUCGGCAGUGCUGGUUACCAUGGUGAUGUGCCUCCAUCUUACUACGACAAUGAGGAGUUCACCAACUCUGGCUUUGAAGACAAGAGCAUCCGACAAGCCUUCAUCAGAAAAGUCUUCAUGGUUCUCACAGUGCAGCUGAUGAUCACUUUCUCCUUCGUUGCAGUCUUCACUUUUGUCAAUGAGGCUAAGUUCUUUGUGCGACGUAAUCCAUGGACAUACUAUGUGUCCUAUGCAGUCUUCUUUGUGUCUCUAAUCGUCCUCAGCUGUUGUGGAGACUUCCGCCGCAAGCACCCCUGGAACUUGGUUGCACUGUCCAUCCUGACCCUGAGCCUCUCCUACAUGGUGGGCAUGAUCGCCAGCUUCUAUGACACCGAGACCGUCAUCAUGGCUGUGGGCAUCACUGCAGUGGUCUGCUUCACUGUCGUGCUCUUCUCACUACAGAGCAAGUAUGACUUCACUUCCUGUCGGGGCGUGCUGUUUGUGUGCCUGAUUGUGCUGUUGCUCUUCUCCAUCCUCUGCAUCUUCAUCCGCCACAGGAUCCUGCACAUCGUCUAUGCCUCACUGGGGGCCCUGCUCUUCACCUGCUUUUUGGCUGUGGACACUCAGCUUCUCCUGGGCAACAAGAAGAUGUCUCUGAGUCCAGAGGAGUACAUUUUUGCUGCCCUCAACCUCUACACUGACAUCAUCAACAUUUUCCUGUACAUCCUGACUAUUGUGGGACGCUCCCGGGAAUGAGGCUGCACCAUAGAGAGAACAGGAGUGAGAUACAGAAUGCCUCCUUUUAAUUAUGAAAUUUUGCUAACAUGCUCUAUAACUCAAACUUUUUCUUCACUCAGGCAGUUGUGCUGUGGAGCAGAUGCAGCAUGUCAUAAAAUCCAGCUGAGGGACACUAUUUAUUUUAUUCAAAUCUUGCCAUUAAUGACAGAAGUAUACUUCCUCCUUCCUUUUUAUUCAAUUCUGAUCACUCUGCUUGCUGUUACUGCCCUCUGCUUCUACUAACACGUGGCUACAUUACCUAUCCCCCAACUACCAGUUUGGCUCUGCUCAUACAGUGUAAAAGUUGUUAUCCUGUGGAUGCCUUGCUGCAGAGAUUAAAAGAGAAAAAUAGAGGGGAAGGUAUCCGUAGCGCCUAUUUAUGAUGCAAAUCAGCUUUGCCUGAAGAGAAGUUAGUGCUAGAAAUACCUUCCUCCUUCAAUCUGUCUGUUUUCCCCAAACAUAUCUCUUCCUUUGAGUCCGCUGGUGUAAAGUAACUCUGCAUGGCAACACAACUUUAGAUGUGUUAUGAUUCUUUAGAGCUACCAGAGGAAUACCUUUAGCUUGCUUGUCACAUCUGUAAAUAGUUAAGUGUAUUACUGUAUAUGAUUCCAGUAACCCCAAUCCCUGCCCCGAAAAGGCAUGCUGGAGCGAUUCGUAUGGAUGUUGCUUUUUGGGAAAGAUUUGCUCUGAUGUCAAGACUUCACUUACCCAGUAUAGUAACUAAACUCUUUUAAUGGCAAAAGAAAAGAUACAUGUUGGAUGUAUAUGACUAACAUGACCAUGACUUAAUAUCCAUAAACUAUACUUACAGAAAAUAUUUUCAAAAGGAAGAAAAUGUAUGUUCUGAAAUGAUUUCUAUGAUUGCAAAGCUGAGAUGUCCCCUUACCUUUUUCCUUUUUGUCAUUAGUGUCCUCACUAAUUUCCUCUCAUCUGGUCAUUAACGUGAAGUGAAAAUGUAGUGCUGUAUUUAUUUUUUCUCAUUUCAACUAAUGUGAAAGGUUGAAGUAUUGGAAUUUCUGACCACUUCUAUACCAAGCUGAUCCAAGUUUUCACUUCUAACGUGAAGAAGUAGAUGGACGACGGAUUUAUAACCCAUCGAUUGAUUGAACUUAAUGUAGAUAACGGGUUGCUUUGAGGCUGCUUUAAGAAAGUGUUGAGGAAAACAAACUUGCACUGUUUGGAAAUUUACAAAGACUUUAUUACUUAAGGUGAUUGUGAAACCAUCACAUACUGGUUACACUCUUAAGCUAAAGGAAUCAAUAUGCACUGGAAGCAAAAAAUAUACUCCCUGCACAUAAACACACACAUCUUGAAUGCUAUAUUUACCAUUAAUAAUUGAAUAUGUACCUUAUGUUUUGCUUUUUCAACUCCUGCAUGAACCUUUCCUCAUUUUUCAUGUGCUGAUAAUUCCCACUGUACAGGUGUUCCUGUUUUGGAGAGAAACAGUGUUGUUUGGCAGCCCUAUUAGACUUUCUUUUUUUUUUUUAACUCUUGUGUUUUUAUCUAACUAACGUGUACUGUACAUAGAACUCCUUUAGUGGUUUGAUGUGUAUAGAUAAAGAAAUUGUGGGGCGUUGUAGGUCUGUUUGCAUUGUACAGUAUAUUUGCAUUAAAUCAAAAUGGAACCACAUUCCUCUACACUGCUGUUCGCUUUUCAUUAAAACUGGAUACAAUGUGAA